UUUACACCUUUGUGCGAUUGUGGUCCCAUAAAUACGGCCGACGAUGAUUUUUUAUUACAUUUUUUUUUUUUUUUUUAAAUUUCUAAUUUUUUUCUCGGCAAUAGCUUAGUCGUCUGGAAAAGUUAUUUCCCGUCAUCGUACGCAACAAUUGUAUCAAUCCGUUUUUGAACAAACCCAACGACGACACCAUGAAGAAAUCAAUUACCGUAGGGCGAAAGUUUACGAAGCUAUCGGUCAUUUUCAUAGUCUUUCUACAAGUAAGAAAAUUGGAAAUCGAUAAUAUAAUUAUAAUCUCAUAAUAUAACCAGAUUAUAAUGUACAGAGCGAUUUGAAUACGAUAAAGAUCUCGUAGAUGAAAUUCGGUUGGAGGGGAAUUUCUAUUCAGUUUGUUCAUUUCAUAAUCGUUUAAUAUCAAUUUUAGACGCGGAAUUCUGCUCGGUUGUACAUUAUUUGAAAGAUUUAUCCACAUUUUUAACAAUUCAUCUUUUAGUUAUUGUAUUUUCCUUUCUCGGAAAAAAUUUUGUCGGUUAGUAAGAAUAUUCCGAAUAAUUUUACCCAUCGUACAUUUAAUAAUGCACACGUGUUCCCAGGUAUACAAGUUCUUUAUUUCAAAAAAAUGUCUCUGUCUCCAAACGUUUUCCGACACGAUUUAGAAAGACUUUCCACAAAAUGUCAAUAAAUCGGUUUUAUUUCUGUUGAUUUCUUGCUUGCCUUCGUUAUCUUUUGGUGCAAAAAAUAAAACACGACACUGUAUUACACCACUCCGCUCAUAAUCGUUUUUAUGUUUACAAUAAUAAUUUAUCAUUGCAUAUUGUAUACGAACUCAAUUACCUUGUAUAUACUCUAUAUUCCCCAGUUAUCCAUCUAUAUCUACAACAAUGGCUUACCAAUGAGCAGUAUUAUUAUAACCUUUUUCAAUUUUGACGUCACAAUUUACGUUUGGAAUUAAAGUAUUUUUCAAAUUUUAAUUUAUACGUAGGAUUUUUAUUUUUGUCAUAUUUACUACGCGUAUAAUUUUAAAUACUUUGAAAUAUAAAAAAAAAAGUUAUAAUAUUUAAAUUAAGAAUAUUUUAAUAGAAAAAAAAAAUAGAUGUCAAGUCAUUGUUCCGAGUAAAUUUUUGUAAAACGUAUUUAACAAAGCGUAACGUGCGUUUUUCCAGGUAUUGUGCGUCACGUGCAAAUAUGAGGGCACGGACCAAGAAGAGUCGUACUUGGCGGAGCAGGUCGUCCGGCAUCGGGAGGAGAUUGCCAGACAAAUGUUCAACGGUAAGCGUCUGGACAAGAUGUCGAAAACGUUGGGAAUUGUUCCGCUAGAAAUAGGGGACAUGGUGCCGGAAGCAGACGGGGCAGUUGAGCCGGAAGAAGUGAAACGGAGAUCCGAAGAUGUCGAGGACGUUGAGAGCGAGCAAUACCAUAGCUCAAAGAUGACGGCCGAAAAGGAGGCGUAUUUUAACGAGAGCUGAUUCGGAGAAAAAAAAAACAGCGGGAAAUAGUCCCGAAUAUACUUUUUUUUGAUACACUCGAUAUAAUAUAAUAUGUAUGAAUGUAAAAUAUUAAAGAGGAUAGAACGUUUU